AUGGAGGAUAAGAACAGCUGCCAGCCGAAUUCGAUAUUCGAGCUCGCGCUUACCCUUAUGAGUUCGACCAGCGAUAAUGGCGAGCGCGUAGAUCUUGCCGAGUAUAAAGCAAACGUUAUUUUCUUUUACGGUAUCGGUACUUUCGGUAAUCGGAAGCAUGAAAGAGUAACAACAAUGCCUCGGGUUGCCUGUAAGGAAUGCCGUGAACGCAAGCUCAAGUGUAUUGUGCCAAUCACGGGACAAGACUGCCAUCGUUGUAGCCACCGCAAUGUGCCGUGCUCACUUAACCCCAGGAGGCCUCGACCACCAAGGACAAGCCCUAUUGUUUCUGUCCUUGAGGCCUCGGCCUACUCGGUCGAGCCAGCACUUCCGGCUCCAGACAGUAACGGAGGUCAGCACAUGAUCCAGGCACCGCUGUCGAGGGCCGCCGUCGUGGGCGGGACAGUCCCCUUGGCAAGCUAUCAUUCGGCUCUGGAUGUCGGCUCCGGCUCCGCAGCUGAGCUGCUUCGCGAAGGAGAGUUGACUCAAAGUCUUCUCCUCCUGUACUUUGACAACUUUGGAGACAUUCACUUCAUGUUCGAUCAAAUCAGCCUCCUACGCCAGUACGCCUUGGGCACCGUACCCAACGUCAUUUUGCUCUCCAUGAUGGCACUGGGAGUCCGCUACUCUCAUGCCCCUUUUCGGGACCCUAGUAUGCGGAUGCAUUGGGGAGAGCCGUUAUUCCAAGAAGCACGACAGCUGCUCAAAGACGGCUUUGAUGACGGUUCUCUUACCAUGGCACAAGCCUACGUGUUGCAAGCUACCUAUCACCUGACCUUUGGAGGCACUCGGAAGGCCUGGAUCUACCUGAACAAUGCCCGUAUUCUGUUGAGCUUGCUGAGACUCCCUGCCGGCCUUCCGGAGGAUGAGAGCGACCCGCUUCAAGCGGAGAUGGCCAGACGCCUAGUCGCUACGGUAGCCUUAAUGGAUCAUCUCUUUCUGCCCUUUCUCGACAUCGAACGCCCGAUGAUCCGUCUCAAGCCCCUGCCUCAGUUGUUCAACUACGACGAGUUCGAUGCACUGAGAACGCGCUCACAUAAUGCGUCCCCUGCCUCGGCCGGGCCGAAUCUGAUGCAGGAGAUUCUCGUCCUCUCCGACACCUUCUUCAAUGCCUGCAGGAACUGCAAGACGCAAGGCUACCCGCAGGAGGAGCGUUGGUCAUCUGUCGUCUCAUCGCUGGCGACCUGGCGAGAACGGCUGCCGGGCGAGCUCGAAGACUCGGAUGCCAAUCUCGAGACGCACCGGCUAAAGUUCACACUCCGGCCGUUCGUCUUCUUGCACAUGCUCUACCACCACACCUGGCAGCUCGUAUUACUCGACCAGCUAGAGUGGACGACGGAAGUCCUGAGAGAUGGUACCUCUCCCUCGCACCCUCAGGUUCUUGUUCUUUAUGACCACGCAGCUUGGGUAGCCGAUAUGACGUGCCGCCUCUGGGAGGUGGCUCGGCUAGACCUACACAACAGUUGCUUCGGCCUGAUUGUCAUCAUCACGCAGACUAUUCUCGUACAUCGCCUUCUAAGUUCGUCAGAAUUGGAAGAGAAAAUCGCGACGCAGUCCAAAAUGCGCAGUCUCCGAGACUGCAUGAUCCGGGUCAAGGACCACUGCAGGCUCUUCAAUUGGGUCUUUCACCAAUCUGAGUGGCUACUCAGAGUCUGCGGACAAGAAGGGUUCUGGAAGAACGACAAAUGGACCACCGUUCUCAACGACCAGCUCAGGACGCUGGGCACCAGAUUCGAGCGACUCAAUCUGCAGACUGCCGGGCGGCGAGGGGAUCUCGAGAGUCUUGCCGAUGCGCAAUCGCAGGCAGACCAUUUUCAGAACGCUCUUCCGAGGAUUCUAAGAGAAGGCUUCAUCUCUCCGGCAUACGGUGAGUGA